UGUCUGUCCUUCAGGUGAUCCUCAUCAUGCUCCGUAUCUUCGCUCUCCUCGCCGCCUGCUGCGCGGUCACUUAUGGCUGCCCCACCAUCCUGACCAAGUCCCAGUGGGGGGGAAGGGCCGCCACCUGCCGCACCGCCAUGGCCACGCCUGUCACGUAUGUUGUUGUCCACCACACGGAGGGGACCGCAUGCACCACCCAGUCCGCCUGCAUCACCCAAGCCAAGAGCGUCCAGAACUACCACAUGAACAGCAACGCAUGGUGUGACAUCGGAUACAGCUUCCUGGUCGGGGAGGACGGUCUGGUGUACGAGGGGCGUGGUUGGACCUCCGUGGGGGCCCACGCUCCGAACUACAACUCCAACUCCAUUGGCAUCAGCGUCUUUGGAUCCUUCAUGAGCCGGAACCCCAACACCGCCGCCCAGAAUGCCGUCAAGAACCUCAUCAGUUGCGGCGUCACCCGUGGUUACAUCCGGUCCACGUACAUCCUGAAGGGACAUCGCAAUGUCACCGCCACCGACUGUCCUGGGAACACCUUCUACAGCACCGUCACCACCUGGCCACGCUUCCACGGAUACGAGGGCACCGGAAGCUUCCUCCUGAGAGUGCGGCGUGGAGGAGCGACUCCGGUGUGCACGGUGCAGUGCGUGUGUGAUGUGCGUGCGGUCUGUGCGGUGCGGUGUCACCGGGACUUUACAAAGGAGGACUCGUCUCUGAUGGUUAUUUACACCAAUUUCUGGUGGAGAUAUUACAAUGAGACGCGUUUCGCUAUUGAUGAGUAUUG